UCUGGUUUUCAGCGUUUCCUCUCUGCAGUGUUUUUAGAGCCGUCUCUCUGCAGGACAAAGUUUUCAGUCGUUUCUGAAAACUGAUUUAUUUCUUUAACUCCGCUCUUGAACGAUUCCCCUGUGGGAGGAUUUCUUUUAAAAAGCUUGUACUUUGAAACCAGCCCGAAGACAACAGAUGACUUACACUGAGAUGGAAUAACUCUCCUGAUUCCUUUUGGUGGUUUUUGGUUUGAAAAGCUUCUUGGGGCAGAUUACAGAGAGCAGGAGCUGAUCCAACUUCAAAGGCGCAGACAUGUCUCUGGACGAGCCUCUGGACCUGAAGCUACCCUCGGGGCGGACAGACGGACGCAUCACGCUAGGAAAGAGAACAUAUCCCUCCGCCAUCUGCAGGCCGAUCUGCUUCCCCUCGCCACCCUCCUCCCCAGAGUCGCAGUUCUCCCCUCAGGAUGGACCCUGCUGCAGUCCUCCAGCCGUGGACCUCCGCCUCGCCCCCCCCUCUCCCCCCUCGCCCUCCUCCCCCCCCUCCCCCCACAGCAGCCCCCGGCCUCACCUCUUCUCUCAGGAGGGGGCAGCGUUCCCCUUCUUCCUCCCUGUUGGGAACGCACCCCGGUUCAGCUUCCCCUCCUCGGUGCUCAGGGGGCCAAUCAGAGAGCCAAUCAGAGAGCCAAUCAGAGAGAAGCUUCCAGAAACAUCUCCGGACCCUCAGCUCACCUGCAGGUGGAGGAAGUGCCGCCGGCUGUUCGCCUCGCUGCAGGAGCUCGUCGACCACAUCAACGACUUCCACGUGAAACCUGAAAAGGAUUGUGGGUACUGCUGCCAGUGGGAGGGCUGCCAGCGUAAUGGGAGGGGCUUCAACGCCAGGUAUAAAAUGCUGAUUCAUAUCCGCACACACACCAAUGAGAAGCCGCACCACUGUCCCACCUGCAACAAGAGCUUUUCACGCCUGGAGAACCUGAAGAUACACACCCGCUCACACACAGGAGAGAAACCCUACAUGUGUCCGUAUGAAGGCUGCAGCAAGCGCUACUCUAACUCCAGCGACCGCUUCAAACACACCCGGACUCACUACGUGGACAAACCGUACGGCUGCAAGAUGUCCGGCUGCCUGAAGCGCUACACCGACCCCAGCUCGCUGCGCAAGCACAUCAAGGCCCACGGGCACUUUGUGGUCCCGGGGCAAGGGGCCACAAAGUGCCGGCCGGGGGUGGGACUCCUGGGGCUACAGCAGGGUGAAGCGCCCCCUCUCAGCGCGGCCCAUUUCCUCCUCCCCGGGGCCUUUUUGGGGGGCUUCGGGGCGCCUCUUUCCGCUUACUGCCGCCUCGGCUGCAUGGGGCCCCUCGGCCUCUCCGACUCCCCCCUGAUACACUUCGGACUCUCGGCGGUGUCCAUGCUGGGGCUGGGGGCUCUGAGGAGGGGGGUGUCGAACAGAGAGGAGGAAGAGGAGGAGGAAGAGCAAGAAGAGGAAGUGGAGGCGUUAAAUCUGUCUGCAGGGGGGGGGCCCGGACAGAGGGACCCUCUGUCCUGGGUGCUGGUUCCCCCGAGGGCCCUGCUCCUCCAACCAGCUGUUGUUAGAUAGGAUGUGCAAGGUGCUCUUUGUGUGUGUGUGUGUGUGUGUGUGUGUGUG